UUAUGCUUCCUGCUAGUGCAGCAGCGGAUGUCAGAAGAGUGACUUUGGAUUUGCUUGUAGAUAAACAGAAAACGGACGUAUAUUCAGUUUGACACAUUAAAACAGCUAUUUCCCCUUUCUUGUAUUACAGAUACCCCUUCACGAUGACCACCCCUACCCCUCAACCCCAUAACCGCAGCAGGCCUAGUGAAGACGAGGAGGACCCAGUGGAUCAGAUGAUUGUUAAGACAGGCUGUGCCCAGUUGCAUUACGCCGUGCAGGACUGUAUGGCUGAAAACCAGGACUGGAGAAAAUGCCAGCCACAAGUUCAAACCUUUAAGAACUGUAUGCUGGCAUACCAAAAAACAAAGAGGGACCAACUCGCAAAACACGGACAGAAACUGCCGCAAAUGCAGAGUUGAUGAUAUUAGAGCAAGCAUUAUUUUGUUUAGCCAGGGUUUGGUAAAUUGGGUCCUUGAUGGUCAUUUCCCCCGUAAAUUAUUCAUUAUUUUAGUAUCUGGUCAGGUUAAAUGGACAUGAACAAAGACCUGUGUAAAGUUACAGUACUAUGCAUAUUACAAUAUGCUGGUCAGGAUAAUGCUAUUAAAGGAACAUUUAUUAUUUUUCA